ACCGUUGACAGGACAUGUGAUAAACACUGCAGUUUGAUUUUCUGCCUGAAAAUGGUCAGCUGAAAUCCCACGGGACUACCACAGCCUGCUGAAUCAAGACCAGGCUUCCUCAUUCUACCGGAUAAAAUUUAAGAUGAUGCCCAACAGCAGUAAUGGGAAGAAUUUGGAUCUCUCCAGACUGACAGAUGACGAAGCCAAGCAUGUCUGGCAGGUGAUCCAGAGAGAUUUCCACCUGCGAAAGAAAGAAGAGAAUAGACUAGGGCAACUCAAGACCAAAAUAAUGAAAGAGGACACCAAGAGAGAGCUGCUGGAAUAUCAACCUAAACUCAGUGAUUCUCUCUGUAUCCGCUGUCUGCAGCCCUUCAAAUUCCUUGUCAACAGCAAGCGCCAGUGUCUGGACUGCAAACUAUUUGUCUGCAAGUCCUGCAGCCGUUUUAAUAAAAAGGAUCACGGCUGGGUUUGUGAUCCAUGCCACAUGGCCAGAAUCCUUAAGAUUGGGACUCUGGAAUGGUUCCAUGAGAAUGUACGCUCUCGUUUCAAGCGUUUUGGCAGUGCAAAGGUCAUGAAUUCACUUUUCAAAAGGCUGAAGGGUGACCGUGCCUGUUCUCAAACUGACCUCAGAGAGCCUCGAGAUGAUGACACGCACAGCAUGCCUGAAGUUCACACUGGUUCUCUUUAUAGUCAGGAAGAUGAGCAGUCUGAGAGGGCAGAUACACACCACUUCAGCCUGAUGAGAAAAGGCAGGCGGCUACUUCCUGUUGAUCCUCUUGAUUUUAAUCUUGGCGUUGAGAACUCUGCUUAUUCUCGACCUCCCAUACUUCUGUAUUCAGGUAGCCAAGAGAAAGUUGCCCAGAGUAAGGACUCAGUAACUGAAGAUGACUGGUCCUCAACCAUUAAGCAGAUCCUGGAGAAUGGAACUCAUGAUAGAGCUGAAGAGAUGAAGGACAUGUUGCAAAUCAGCCAGAGAAGUCUGGACAAACCCUCUCAUUUUGAUGACUGUACGACAAAAUGUCGUUCCCUCUCUAAGAUGAGCAUCUCUUCAGCUGGCAGCUCCAGUUAUCACCUCCACCGCGAGCCUUCUUACAGCCUGGAAGAUUUAGAGGAUGAUGAUGAAUCUGAGAUACAUGUCUUUUAUAGUCCCGCCACACAUAGGGAGCACUCACCAGAUGAGGUUCCUCCACAGAUUAUUGAGCUCAACAAGCGCAUGUCAGCAAUUGAGACUCUUCUGAGCCGUUUGGAGCAGAAACUGACCUUACCUGUAAUGGGGACAGAACAAGUUGAGCAGAAAGAGGAUGAUCUGUCUCCAGCUGACUUAGAGGAGCUAGAGCUCAGGAAAAAGCUUGUGGAACUUACUGAAAAAAUAAGUGACAAAGGCUCGUCUGAUGAGGAGGAUAUAAUGAAACCUUCAGAGGCCUCUCCAAAGAAAGGGGCAGUUUAUUAUGCUCCAGCUAUGAGAGGAGAUUCAGCUGGACUUGGGCAUGUCAGACACCCAUGGCCUCUUGAGGUUGAGUGGAAAGCAAAGCCAACUGUACCUAAACCCUUAAAGAAGCAGAAGAGGGUGAGGUCCUUUGAGUUUAGCAACACAACCAGCUGUGAGCUGUUGCAACUGGAGGGUAAAGUUGCAAGGGCAGUGGCCAGCGUCCAGAGCACUCAAAGUUACAGAUAUUCAGAAAAGAAUCGCUGCUUUGAGUGCUGCAGGGAUGAUGGUGGAGACGUCCCACAGACAGGUACAGUAUGUAGCAGUCCAGCUGCUCAGAGACACAUACAGUAUUACUGUUUAGUUUUCCAGAUCCCUGGCUGUACAGGAGCAUGUACUGAAACUUUCAAAGAAUUGUGAGCUAAAUUCUGUUUAGCAGCUCUUUGUGGCAAGUUCAGAAAGAGGCUAAAUAUUUUUUUGUUCUUCCCUGACUUCUCAGCCAUCAAGAACAUUGCAUGAAUUUCCACUUAGUAAGUGCAAAGCUUUGUACUGCAUAUUCAGUAGCAUUUACAUUAACAUUAUAUUUGCAGCAUCCUUGUGUUGUAUAAAAGCUAAAAGCUACAUUUGUUUUCAUCUUCUUUUGCACUUAAUUUUGUAGAAAUGUCUUUGCUAUUAUAUAUCAAAAUAUUAAACCAAAUGCAUUUAUUUAAAAGAUAGCAUGUUUUUUUU